AUGAAACCAAUCUUACUCUUCCUUAGAGAUAUCAACUCGAACUUCGUUGUGCGGUUAGUUGGUGUGGUUGCUAACUUCCCGCCCAUUUACGUUGUGAUGGAGCUCAUGGAACGUGGGGAUCUGAAGUCAUUUCUCCGGUCAGAAGUUGGAGGAUCUCUUACUCAAGAGAAGAUGGUGGAAAUGGCAGUUGAAGCCGCCGACGGAAUGGCUUACCUCGCCGCGAAAAAGUUGGUACAUCGUGAUCUCGCUGCUCGAAAUUGCAUGCUGGAUGAGAAUCUUACACUGAAGAUUGGAGAUUUUGGCUUCACAAGAUACCUCAGCACAGAAUACUACCGAAAACAGGGGCGAGAACUACUGCCGGUACGUUGGAUGGCGCCAGAAUCACUUCAGUUUGGUCGCUAUUCUUCUCGGUCAGAUGUUUGGAGUUAUGGCGUUUUACUGUGGGAGAUUGUUACAAGGGGAGUGCUGCCUUAUCAGGGCUAUGUGAACGAAGAAGUAUGCGCCCUUAUCAUAUCUGGAAUGCGACUGGAACGACCACAAAAUGGACCAGAAUUUAUCUUCUCCUUAAUGGUGCAAUGCUGGAAGUCACAGGCUAAAGAACGACCAACUUUUAUCCAACUUGUAAGGCUCCUCUUGACGAGGUCGUCCCCGGAGUACCUGAGUUACUUCGAGAGGGUGUCAUUCUUCCACAGUUCCAGCUGCUGUGAUUCAGAGAGCACGGAGGAUAAUGACGAGGGCUUCAUUGCCAGUGGCUCCUUGGAUCCCAGCAUUGACGAUGAGGAGGCACGGCAUUCUCUUUCGAACUCCCUUCCACACUCCCUGCACCACGUUGAAGACGACCAG